CACCCACCGCACACUUUUGGCCGAGGAACCUCCAGAGCCUGUCUGAGCCUGCCAGCAGCAGCAGGUUUACAGGAGACAGACCCAUACUGUGCAAUGGCUUUGUUGACUCUGCACAGGAUCCCAUCCAUCUCCACCUCUCCAAUGCUUCAACUUGACGUCGACUGAUCCUUACUGAUUUCUCUGGUGUCUAUCAUUACCAACUAAUCAUAAAUGACCUGACUGUGGGUCUAAAUCUCAUUUUUUGCAUAUUUUGUUACAGAAUCUGUUCACUCUAUUAUCUUAACUUGUGUUCUCUCCUUUUCUUUCUUCUUCAAACCCUCAUUGUUCCUCUCCUGGCUCCUGCACACUUCUCUUUAUUUCUUUUUUUUUCUUGACUCUGUCUGGACAUGUCAGUUGCAUAACAGGAUGAACACCUCCAAAGAAGAGGGAGAUUUCAGAAAAGGGAGAGCUUUGCCCUCGUGAAGGGGGCCGUGGUCCUGCUAGAGGAGGCCGAGAGGGAUGGCUUCCAGGAGGAAAUCCCUCACUCUGCAACGUCCCCCCUGAAGCAAGGCAGCGGAGCGUCGGACAAGCAGCGCAGACACCUCCACGCCAUGAUUGAACACCUCAGACCAGAAGAUACCAUCAAGCUGGCGGUGCAGCUCGAGUCCAUCGACCCGGACAGAGUCAGGUAUCUCAUUGUCGUCUCCACCCUCGGCAGUAAACAGGAGAGCAUCCUGCUGGGCAUGGAUUUCGCCAACACACACAGUGACCAGUGCACCAUUGGCCUAGUUCUGCCAAUAUGGAGCGACACGCAGGUGUACCUGGAUGGAGACGGUGGUUUUAGCGUAACCUCAGCAGAACAGACCAGAAUUUUCAAACCUGUUUCCAUACAGACCAUGUGGUCAGUGCUGCAGGUGUUGCACGGCUGCUGCGAGCGUGCGGUCAAGACAGCGGUGAUCCCUGGAAAUGGCCUGGAGUGGGCCCAACACUACUCCCAGCACCUGGAGUCCAGUCGCCUCUGCCUUAACGAGUGGGAGGCCAUGAAUGAUCUGGAGUCAGUCCGCAGGGAUAGUAAGGGCCUAAGCUCGGCAGACCGAAUGUCCAACGAGAGGCUCAUCAAAGAACACUUAAGAGAUGUAAUGAGGACUGAAGACUUAGACAACCUCACAUCUAAAAUGGUUCACUCUGCUCUGGAGACCAGAGUAGGGUUCGAUAUGAGACCCUACAAGGAGUUCAUCGAUAACGAGAUUCUGGUCGCCAUGGCACAGAUGGACAAACCCUCCAAAAUAUUUGACUACCUUUAUUUGGGCUCUGAAUGGAACGCAGCGAACUUUGAAGAGCUGCAGAAAAACAAUGUGGGUUACAUUCUAAACGUGACCAGAGAGAUCGACAACUUUUUCCCAGAAUCCUUUGGUUACAUGAACAUCAGAGUUUAUGAUGUAGAAUCCACCGACCUGCUCAGCCACUGGCCGGACACGUACAACUUCAUCAACACUGCCAGGAAGAGUGGACAAGCCGUGCUGGUUCACUGUAAGAUGGGCGUUUCUCGCUCUGCAUCCACUGUUAUCGCCUAUGCCAUGAAGCAGCAGAACUGGUCUCUGGAUACAGCGUUGGCGUACGUCCAGGAUCGACGAUCCAUCGUCAAGCCCAAUGAAGGCUUCCUGAAGCAGCUCCACACCUACAGUGGCAUCCUCAGUGCAAGCCAUCAGCGUCACAGCGCACUCUGGAGGCGAAAGUCAAAAGACCUGCGCCAAAAAUCGGAGGAGGAGCGAGCAAAGGCAGUAAAAGGAGAAGAGGGGGGACAGGCUGAGGAACUUGAUGAUAAUGAUGAUGAUAAUGAUGAUGAUGAUGAUGAUGAGAGUCAAAAUGAACUAGAUUUGGGGAGCACGGAUGAAAAUGAGGAUUCAGUGGAAGAAACGGAGGUGUUUGAAGAACUUGAUAACAAACAAAUACCCAGGCAGCCUGGACCAGAUGUCACUCCUGCUAUAAUAAUAAACCAGCCUGACAAGGUUGUUCCAAGUGUUAAUCGCAGUGGCAGAAUGAACCUCUUCUCCCUCAUGCAGUCCAUCAGUGAACUGGAUGACGAUGAUAAAGGCUGCGAUCAGCUGCCUGGGAGUCCAAGGCGGUCCCCAGGGCAGAGAAGGCGAAGCCAUGGACGACGGGGUUUGAUUCACCAAAGAGCGUGUGUGGACGUUUCACCCGAACCACGCAGCCUACAGGACAUUGGUCAAAGCGAACCCUGAAAAGAUCAAAGCCGACAGUACAAAAGAGGUAAAGAGGAGGAUGCACAUUCAGAUGGAAACACAUCCAGAAAAAAGUGACACCCAGGAGCAAGUGUCCUGAGAACAUGCCAAGGUUUUUCUUGAAGGUGUCCUGGCUCAGCUUUACUUUUUGGGUUAUUUAGACGCUCAGUGUUCAGAUUUGUUUUGCAGGCAUUUCAUUGCAUAUCUUAUUUUCUAAAUUGAUAGUUUACCCUUGUUAAGAAAGAUCUUGUUGCAGUAUUGCUAUUCAUGUAACAGGGUAAAUAGUGAAUUUUUAAUCAUUGGUAGUGUGUUAGGAUGUCUCCGUACGGAUGGAUAUGGUCUCGCCACAUCCUGUCUCUCCAGACCUUCUUGGUUGCUUUUCGCACUAUUCCAAACAUAUCUAUGCAAAUGCUGUUCACAUGCUUAAUACAAAGUUGUUUGCUGCCAACUUCAUCUAGACAUUUUUUUCACAUUGUAUCUCAUCUUCAGUCUGUGUCACAUUGCUCACAGAUGGGUUUUUAUUGUAUUUAAGUUGUGCGUAUUGACCAAGUCAAGGCCAGUUUUAUGGCACAUGCCUGUUUGCCAAAUAAUGUAUUCCAAUAUGCCAAUGAAUAGAUGUAUUUAAUUAAAAACUUUUAUCAUGUCAGUAUAUUAAGAAACAGUGUCACCCUGUUUUUUUAAAUUAAUUUCUAUUUAAACACAGUGGCUGUAUGUGUGCCUUCAACCUCAGAAUGAAAUAUCACUGAUGCUUUUCAUGCUUUCCCUGGAGGUGGUGGCAGCAUAUUGUAUGUACCUUGUAAUCUUACUCACCUGACUUGGUUGCAGUAUAAGUGUGACUUCCCAAGGUUUUAGCAUUUAUGCGUAUACAGUACGUGUUCCAACACAGCUGACAGACUGGGUGCAAGCUGUGUUUUUAUACCGCCCUACGAGAGCAAACUGCUCAAGGUUAUUUAUAUGGACCAAGGUCAAAUAUUCAAUACAAUGUUGUUGAGUUUAUAAUAAGAAAAUGCUGAUGUUGAAUAGUCUUUAUGCUGGUAUUACUUACUAUCCAGUGAACUCAAGGUUAUAUAGUUUAGACUGCAUGCCCACUGUAAAAAAUUUAAGAAAAUAUGCACUUUAUAAUCCUACAACACACUGUUCCCACUGCCUGAGCCAACUCCACGCUGUACUAGGAUCAAUGAUUCUGUUCAUAUUUCUAUGCCUUGGUGUGUUAAGGUCUCCACAGUCUGUACCUCACUCUUGUUUACAACAAGCACUAUGAGUGAAAAAUAAAUGAUUAUCAACCA